GAAGACAGCAGCAUAAUGGUUGAAUUUCGUUUUGAUAUACGUCCCCUAUUCACGCAACCGAUUAUCAAGGUUACUUCAAAUCUACUGCCACACACAUUUCGCGGAGAUCGUCGUCAGUGUUUAGAUGCAACAUCAAAAAUGUCCGAAAUAAUUGAUCGUCUGGGUCAGUUAUCGGCCAAUGCCCAAAAACUCAAUACCCCCGUGACGACAGCUCAGCGUUUGCGAAUGUCUGAGAAUCAAACAAUCUAUUUGAUGGCAGAUAUCAAUCAGGGAAAUAAUGGUGCUGUAAUUGGCUUGCUUAAGGUGGGCACCAAAGACCUUUAUCUGUUCGACGAAACCGGCCAGACGCGUAAGGUCGAGAACACCCCAUGUAUUUUAGAUUUCUACAUACACGAGUCGAGACAGCGGGCUGGUCUCGGCAAGGAUCUAUUCGAAACCAUGUUGGCCGAUGAAAAAUGGACACCCAUUAAAUGUUCAGUGGAUAGGCCGUCAGAGAAAUUAUUGGGUUUCCUUAAGAAACAUUAUGGUUUGGUGCGUACCAUACCACAGGCUAAUAAUUUUGUUCUCUAUGAGGGUUUCUUCGAUGACGUGAACUCGUCGACAGCCGCUACAAAUAAACAUACAAAUGGUGCCGGCAAUGGAAUGUACAUUACAAAUAGUCCUAACACACAACUCUUUGGUGCUACUUAUCUGGGUGAAGAGAAUAACAAGAAACGAAUGCAACGCCAGCUAGAGGCUACACCAAAUUUGGCAUCACAAAUAACACAAAUCUCACCAGUUGGACGUUAUGGUGCAAGGAGACCAACAUGCAGCAUGGCCGAGAUAAUUCACAGUGGAACGACACCAACUAAAGGCGCUGAAUCGGGCAGUGGUCAAACAUAUGAAAAAUUAAAUGCUGAUUAUAUUCUCUAAGCAGCUAAUGAAA